AUGUGGAGGACGUACAAACAAGAGGGUCGGGCAGAGAGAUUAAUCGUCGGAUUGAAUAUUGAACUCUUCAAUUUACAUUUAUCUAUCGUUCUGAUUAUAAUAAUUGCAAAGUUGCGACAUUGCGACGGAAAGGCGAACAGAAAAAAAAAACAAAACAAAACAAACCGACACUUUUCUCCACGCAGCCUGGCCAAGACAGACCCCCCCCGGUCUCAUUCUUCAGGUCUCGACUCUGUUCUUGUCUCAUCUCUCACCUUUUUUUUUUGUGCCAUAUGA